UUGAAUGCAGCCCCACAGAUAUGGGAGGGAUUUUUGACUGUUCAGAGGGUUGGCACCCCUAAACCCCACAUUAUUCAAGGGUCAACUAAGAAGUGUUACCCAUCAUCUGAUAACACAAGUUUGCUAUGUGGUGGUACAGUGGGAGCUAUUCUGACAUGUCCACUGGAAGUGGUAAAAACACGGCUGCAGUCAUCUUCUGUGACACUGUAUAUCUCUGAAGUUCAGCUGAACACCAUGGCUGGAGCCAGUGUCAACCGAGUAGUGUCUCCGGGACCUCUCCAUUGCCUAAAGGUGAUCUUGGAAAAAGAAGGGCCUCGUUCCUUAUUUAGAGGAUUAGGCCCCAAUUUAGUAGGGGUGGCUCCUUCCAGAGCAAUAUACUUUGCUGCUUAUUCAAACUGCAAGGAAAAGUUGAAUGGUUUAUUUGAUCCUGAUUCUACCCAGGUACACAUGAUUUCAGCUGCAAUGGCAGGUUUUACUGCAAUCACAGCAACCAACCCCAUUUGGCUUAUAAAGACUCGGUUACAGCUUGAUGCAAGGAACCGUGGGGAAAAGCGAAUGGGCGCUUUUGAAUGUGUCCGUAAGGUGUAUCAGACAGAUGGACUUAGAGGAUUUUAUAGGGGCAUGUCUGCUUCGUAUGCUGGCAUAUCAGAGACUGUUAUCCAUUUUGUUAUUUAUGAAAGUAUUAAGCAAAAACUACUGGAAUGCAAGAUUGCUUCUACGAUGGAAAAUGAAGAGGAGUCUGUAAAAGAAGCAUCAGAUUUUGUGGGAAUGAUGCUAGCUGCUGCCACCUCAAAAACAUGUGCCACGACUAUAGCAUAUCCACAUGAAGUUGUUAGAACAAGACUACGUGAAGAGGGAACAAAAUACAGAUCUUUUUUCCAGACACUGUCUUUGCUUAUUCAAGAAGAAGGCUAUGGGUCUCUUUACCGUGGUCUGACAACUCAUCUGGUGAGACAGAUUCCAAACACAGCCAUUAUGAUGGCCACUUAUGAAUUGGUGGUCUACCUGCUCAAUGGAUAGCACCACCAGGCUGCUGUACUGUAAAGAGGGAAGACCAAAAGAUACGUGGACCAUGGAGUACCGAAGCCAGCAUGGUGGACAGAAGAAAAAUAGUUUGGGAACAUGGAACUAUGCCUAUGUGGAAGUUUGGUUGUAGAAAUAAAAGAAAUAAUAACCACAUUACUUAGUCUCUUUAGUAAUGUGGGGGGGGAAAAAAACCUUGGCUGCCUCCAAGAAGAAGCCUUUAGAUGCACUCCUUCCUCAAAAUUGCCAUUUUCUCUACUAUGUCCUUGGGACACAGUUGCAUUUUGUUGAUUUAUGGCAAUCAGAGUAUAGUGUUUAUUCCAUGAGCACUUUUCCAGUCUUUAAGACAAAGCCAUCCCUAAUUACAUACCAUACAGUAACUAUCCAAAGAUGGUAUUGACAGACAUAAAUUUCUAACUUCUGGCUUCUGUAUAAUUCCCAUAAAAUUGAUAAA